AUGGACAACGCGGAAUUCAUGCGGCUGGUGAACUGGCAAGUCCGGGCGAUGUUUCGCGCCCAGUCUCGAAAAGGGCAGCAUCCAAGAAAAGCACUACCUCGUGAGGAAGUGAUCAAGGUAUUCAUGGAUCAACGUGAAAAGAUGAACAAAUUGAGCCCUGACCGGCCUCAAUUCUCGUUCUUCCCCCCAUCCUACCCGCCUUGCACGCGUCCUUUUUCUGAACUGAAGAAAGCCAUGUUUAAUGAUCUUCUCCUGGAAAACCACCACAGGGACAGCUAUCUUCUGCUGAGGCUGGUUACUCCGUCGUACAGGAAUAACGCUAUUUUCUCCGUUGUCGAGGAUGAGAGCGGUGAUGUUAUGUUGCUGGAGCUGCACUACCAGGAUAGACAGCGUGAUGUGGAGGACAUCGCCAAAAAGGGAACGGUGCUGGUUGUGAAGGAGCCGUACCUUCGCCUCGAUGCCAAUGGUGGCCAUGGGGUUCGUGUCGAUCACUUGUCCAACCUUAUCCGUCUUCCAGAAUAUGAUGAGCGAAUCCCAGUUGUCUGGCAGUCGGAUGGCAGUAACAUUCAGCUCUCUGCUAAUUCCUGGAAGGCAAGGGGAAACGAAUACUUCAACAAUCACAAGUACGAUAACGCUAUUGACCACUACACCCGAGGCCUCGACUGCUCCUCAACUGCCGACGAAAUCUGCGCCCUCAGUCUCAAUCGCUCAAUCGCCUUCAUCAAAACCAAGCAGUUUGCUGCCGCCCUCGUCGAUGUCGAUUCUGCAAUAGCAGCUACAGGGUCCACGGAAAAGGCUCUAACUCACAAGGUCCAGGCCUUGUACCACCUCGAGCGGUUCCGUGAAUGCUGCGAGAUCCUCAACAGUCUCCUCGAGGAGAACCCCAGCAACGCAGCGGUCCAAGAAGAGCUUACCCGAGCGACUGAGCGCCUCGUAGAGCAAGAAACAGGCAUGUACAAUUUCAAAAAAUUACACGCAGCGGCAAACAAGCUCCGUCCGCCGCUCUUGGACCAUGCAACCUACAUUGGCCCUGUGGCUGUCAAGGAGGCCGGGGCUUAUGGACGUGGUCUGUUCACUACAAAAGAGGUCAAGGCUGGGGAUCUUCUACUUUGUGAGAAGGCGUUUGGAUAUGCGUUUGCAGAUCCAGGGAACAAACGGGAUGUGGCCAUGGUGAUCAACAUGGGUACCAACCAGCAGUGGUUUGGGACUCAGACGGAACUCAUCAGAGCGAUUGCGCAGAAGAUGUACGCUAAUCCGCCACUGACCUCCGUCAUCACUGACUUGUACGCCGGUGCAUACGAAUCCGUUGAUGUGGUGGAAGUUGAUGGCAAGCCAGUGGUAGAUACAUUCCUAAUCGAGCGCAUCAUGGACACCAACGCCUUCGGCUGCGCACCAUCAGCAGUCCAGGAUUACUUCGAAGAAACCCUUCACGCGCGCGAAGGUGUAGCCGUCAACAAAGACAAAUACACCUACCACUCCUGCGGCGUCUGGCCCACAACCUCACACAUCAACCACUCCUGCUACUCCAACGCCAACCGCUCAAUCACAGGCGACAUGCUCAUCCUCCGCGCAACCCAAGACAUUUCUGCAAACUCAGAAGUCAUGAUUAGCUACAAGCCGCCCGUCCCCGACUUCGACGAAGAACGAACCCGCUUCCGCAGCUGGGGCUUUGUCUGCCGUUGCGUGCUAUGUGAGGAUGACCAUGGUACCUGCAAGGGAACCCAUGACUCCCGCAAGGACUUGAAUAAAGCUGCGCUUGUAUACAUUCGUCGUAGCUCCGCUUCUAACACGACGUCUAAGCUUGAGUCUAUCGCUACCAGCCUUGCUGAUACUUACUCCCAGCCUGCGGUCAAGGUGCCUCGUAUUAUUUUGUUCAAUCUCCUCUUCGACCUCGCCAGGAUCUACCUCCGCAAGAAGCAGCCCGGCAACGCUGUGACCUCCGCGCUGAGAGCUUUCCAGGCCCUGGGAUAUUUCAUCGAAGGCGGCUCUCUCGAAACCGAAACCGAAACUGAUAUACCACUGACUGUCAAGCGCUUUGGACUUUUCCAGAACUCACUCAUCGAGUGCUGGAUUAUCCUCAUUCUCGCGUAUCGCGAUCUGACGAAGCCGGGAUUCUCAGCGCAGGCGGAGAAGUAUGCUAAAAUGUCGUAUAAGAUGUCUGUUGGUGAGGAUGAGAGUUUCGACAAGACUUAUGGACAGCAUAUUCGGUCUAAUGCGACUCAGCUGUUUGCUUAG